CUUUCUGCUUCUCAAACAGACCCUCUACCCAUUGAGCUUAAUAUUGCCUCGCCCAAAGUGAGAUACACAGCGACCAUGCGUCUGACAUGUUCAGGACCAUGCCAGCCAUAUGUUUGACAUCAGCGCUACCUCAAAAGACUGUUGUCAAUCAUAAGCCACAAAGACGUCUGUCUUUGAUUCUGGAAGCAAUUAACAAUGUCAUGUCUUCAUGAAAACAAGUUAUGGCCUUUGUUGAUUGUAUAAAGUGGGCAUCAUUUUAUCCUAAAUGUAUUUUGCCUCAUCUGCCGCCUUGUGAAUCAUGCCGCUUACUUCUGUAGGAUGCAAAUCUACACUAAGUGUUGAUACAGGACAUUAACAACAUAGUGAAGAGCGAAUAGCAUCACAUUUAAAAACAGACUACAGUACCUGUGCUGUCAGUAUUAACUCGACUGACUGACUGUGCUGCUCAGAGCCUAGAUCAUUUAACAAUAUUUGUCAAACUUUGUGUUUCUUUAAAUUUAUAUUUCAUUAUUUCUGGACUAAAUCCCUCAUAAAAAGUCUCUACUGGUGGGCUAUCCAGAAAUGCUCCCAGAUUUGCAUGUUUUGUUCUAGAUGUUAACCAUUAUUCCAAAAUUACAAUUUUAUUAUAUUUUUUGUCAUAGGUCACAGUUUUAGGUUAAAUAUGAAAUCAUGAAUGUUAUGUCAUAACUUUAGGGUUAAGCUCGUUUCUGGCCUAAAGUGCUUAAUAUACUUAAUAUAGAAUGUGUUAAUGCAAAUAUGUGCAUCUGAGUUUAGUUGGAGGAAUAGGCAUUAGAAGGCAGGGCUGGAGCUCAGUGCUACGAAAAAUACAAAGACAUUAUGUUGCAUCUGGAACAGAAUUGAACUACUGACAAAGUAAUAUGCACAUGAAUCCUUUCCUCCAUAAGAUCCCAUGUUGCAGGUAACUUCUGCAGUUAAGCCAAAAAACAUUUUACAUAUAAACUAUUUACUGUCCUGCUUACACUGUAACAUUUUGUUCACUGCUCUGUGAUUGGUUGGCUGCUGAAGCUGGUUAGGUCACAGAUGACAUGUAUUUAGGGGAGGGAACCAUACACUUUAUAAUAUAAAGAUGAAUUCAGCAAAACAUCAGCAGCUACAGACACUAAAGACACCAGAUCUCCACUGCUUCAACAAGAUGAACAACAAACUGUGUAAGUCAAUGGAACGGGACCUGAGGAUUGUGCUCUUGGGAAAGACUGGUGUUGGAAAGAGUGCAUCAGGAAACACCAUUCUUGGCAAAAAGAGUUUCACCGAAGACAUAUCCUCUGUAUCAAUGACACAGAAAUGCAAAAUGGAAACAACAGAGUUUGAAGGAAAAACUCUGACCGUCACAGAUACUCCGGGCUUGUUUCACACCAGCAAAGAUCGAAAGGAGUUGGUCAAGGAGAUCGUGGAAACCACCUUGAAAAUUCAACCUGGUCCCCAUGUGCUUCUUUUGGUCUUAAGGCUGGGUUCAUUCUCAAGAGAAGAUAAAAAAGUGCUGGAGACAUUUCAGAAGGUCUUCACAGAUGCAAAACCUUACACCAUUGUCUUGUUCACCAAUGGGGGCGAACAUGAUGCUAAAGUGUUCAUCGAUAAGUAUGAAAGUCUCAAAAAGUUUAUUCGCCAGUCAUGUGCUGAAUAUUAUGCCUUCAACAAUGAUGUCGAGGAUGAUGCUCAGCGUACCGGCCUGCUAACGAAGAUCAGCGAGGUGGUGGAGAAAAAUAAGGGAGGAUACUACACCAACCAAAUGUUUGAAGAAGCUGAGAAGGCACUGGAGGAGGCAAUGCAAAAAGUAAAUACUGAGCCAGAAGGUGACAUAGGGAAUGUAAUAGCCCUGUUGGAAAGUUUGAUCAACAAGGGUGAUGAAUUACUUAUGAAAGAUGAAUCAGGUCUUUAUAAGGCGCUUAAGAAACUCCUUAAAAUUGUAGAAGACAUGGCAUGUAAAUGCAUGCCGGAUGGAGUUCACUAAAUUAAAUACAAAAACAUUAAGGGAAAAUUAUUUUUUCAAACAAAUCAAAAUAAAAUCACAGUGAUGCUGCUCAACAGGGAUCAUAGACAACACGAGUAGUUGUCUGAGUAAUGAUAUGUCAGUGAUUGUAGUUUGUCUAUUGAUUUAGGCAGAGAAAAGAGCUUUGGCCCAUGAGCUCUGUGUCAUGCACUGAGUUGUGAUCAACUGCAUGCAAAAUGUAUGUACUGUCCUACUGUACUGUAAAUGUGAGCAGAAGAAUUAUCUCUAAAGCAAAGAUAUCAAAUAAAUGGUUGUUUGUGAAUAGAAAUUAUUGGUGGUGGUGAAAAAACAAGGAAGAUUAAUGAUUUUAUUUUUAUUUUAAUGUUUCACUUUCUUUACAUUCAUAUUAUUUUAUCUAUAGUACAUCAUACAAAUAAACAUAUGAGACCUUGA